AUGGCCACCAGCUCGGCGAAUACCGUCGAGGAGACGAUCGAUGUGGUCUCGCAUGAGGACGAUUCACCCAUUGUCGUCAACAAGGAACCGUCGUCUAGUACUGGCGCCAUUGCUCGCCAACUCAAUGGGGAGCAUGAAUGGAAAUAUCUAAAAUGUCGGGAGCUUAGAUAUGAUAUAUUCAAAAAGAAACGACUUUGGAAGAAGAAUCGAAACAUUGAUCUAAUGCAAGGAGUCGCUGAGGUUCGCGAUCGUCGCUAUUGGAAUCCCCGAAUGAUGUAUACCAACGAGGAUGGAACCAUCAAUGAGGAGCUUCGGAUGAAGUAUGAAGCGGACGAUGAAGAACAAAAGACUUAUGAAAUAAUUCGAAAUAGCCGCAAACGUCCAGCUCCAGAAGAUGACGAAUAUGAUCCAGGGCCGGGAUUGCUUAUGAUCAUGGAUCCGGAACUUCGCAAACGCUUCCGCAAUCAAGUGCUCGCUCCAGUUGCCGAGGAGAAGGAGGAUGAGGUCAAAGAGGAAGGAAAAAAAGAAGAUGUUGAUGAUGAGGAAGAAGAAGGGGAGGAAACUGGAGCUAAGGAAGAAACAUCGUCAAACGAUCGACUUGGAUUAUAUUAUCUUGAAUCUCAACGCACGCGAUUCAAGAAUGAGGAUCAUCCAAGUACUCUAACAUUCUCAAAUAUUUGGCGAAUUGAUUCGAUUUUCCAGGCGUCGUCUCCAAACGACCUUCUCAAUCAGGAGUCGAAGAAGAGCGGAUCGUGCCCAGAAGCUCCUUUCCAGCCGUCGCCGGAGCCUUCUCGUCCCAUCACGGAUCCGAGGCCUUUUCCUGAUGCCGGACAUCCCCAAGAUGAAACAUUCACUUGA